GUGAGACGAGAAGUGUAACAGUUCUAUGCAUUUGUUUAGAGAGAUUGCUUCCAGGUGCGAUAGGAGGAUCUUCAUGAUGCUGAAUCUUGGUAGAAUGUCCAAGUUGCUGAAUUGUGCUCAAACUUAUGACAUCGUUACUAUCAAAGCUGAUGGCGGCAGUGACACUGUCACCUUCAUGUUCGAGAGUCCCACACAAGCCAAGAUUGCAGUCUUUGAGACAAAGCUGAAGCUGAUGGAUAUCGUCGGUAAGCAAAUACGAGUUCCUGAGUACCACUCAAUGGUGAGAAAGCCCUCAGGUGAAUUCUCCAGGAUAUGCAAAGAUCCCAGUAAAACAGUUCCUGAGUACCACUCAAUUGUGAGAAUGCCAUCAGGUGAAUUCUCCAGGAUAUGCAAAGAUCUCAGUAGCAUCGGUGACACAGUUGUGAUCUCUGUGAUGACAAAAGAAGUGGUGAGGUUUUCAACAGAAGCCUGA